UGUAACUAAGUGCAUUUUCGUGGCAAUCUGAGCACGUGUUUAUAUCACUGCUGCUGCAGCUCGGCAUCGAUCAUCCUGUGAUUCACGUGCUGUUAACCUGUGCUAGACGGGCCGUCAAGCGGAGCCUGCGCUUCUGAUGUUGCACAAGCUGCGGACAAUAGCGAUGAGCAUCUCUGCAGGGCGGAGGCAGCGGUUCUGGCGCCUCCGACCGCCGCCGUCUCCGCAAUCACGCUCCCAUUGAGGGCGGCCUUUCAUCCCGGGCCUUUCACGGGAAACCUUUGAGACCCAGAGAGAGGCAGAUGGAAAAAGCGAGAGAUCAAGGGCGAGCGAGAGAGCGCGGGAGAAAGGAGGGAGGAUGGGGAAAAGUGGCCGCGUCGCCCGCGGCGCCCGUCUCUGGAGCCGCCUGUGAAUAAGCGAGCUGCCGGUGAUGAGCGCAGAUGUUGAAAGAAUGUAUGGAAGGAGAAGGGGAACGGGAGCAAGUGGAGUAAGUGGAGCCGGGCUAUUGUGUGUGCUCACAUCUGUUCUCUAGCUCCAGACCUAUAAACAUACCCGCUGAGGCGUGAGGCUGCGGCGGGAGCGAGGACGGCGUCGCGCGGCUUCAGUGCCGCAGCGACGCGCCGCUCGCUCGGAUCAGAACCGGGCCAAGCCGCGCGGCAGCAGAUGGACGGAGGCCGUGUGCUGGCGGUGCGGGGGGAGGGCAUCGUGGGCGAGGACUACCGGGUGUUCAUAGCCGAGGCUCCGGCGGUCAGCCAGGUGCUGGUGCUGGGGAGGAGGGACUCCGACGUGGACGCCAACGCCGGGGCCUGUUUUCCUAAGCAAGAUCCCGAGCGCGGUGGCAGUCACAUGAUCUCCACGGAUGACUUGGAGUACCCGCGCGAGUACCGGACCCUGGGCAACAGCGCCCGGCGCUUCUCCAACGUGGGCCUGGUGCACACGUCGGAGCACCGGCACACCGUCAGCGCCGCCCAGAGCCUGGAGGCCCUGACCAACCUGCACAAGGCCGACAUGGAGCGCAAGCGGGACGCCUUCAUGGACCACCUGAAGAGCAAGUACCAGCAGCAGCAGCAGCAGCAGCAUCAGCAGCAGCAGCAGCAGCAGCUGCAGCAUCCGCAUCACAGCCCGCACCACAACCCUCCGUCACCCUCGCCCUCCCACGCCAGCAUGAGGGGCUCGUCGGAACGGGCCGCACGGGAGCAGCAACAGCCCAACUACUGGAGCUUUAAGAGCCGCAGCCCGCGGCACUCCCAGUCCACCCAGUCCGGGCUCGCCGACCAGGCCGCCAAGCUCUCCUUCGCCUCCGCCGAAUCCCUGGAGACCAUGUCGGAAGCCGACAUCCCCAUCGGCUUCAACCGGAUGAACCGAUUCCGCCAGAGCCUGCCGCUGUCCCGCUCCGCCAGCCAGAAUAAGCUACGGUCUCCAGAUGAAUUUUCAGGCGUGCUCUUCCUGCAGUACGGCGACGAGACGCGCCGCGUGCACAUCACCCACGAGCUCAGCAGCCUGGACACGCUGCAUGCGCUCAUCGUGCACAUGUUCCCCCAAAAGCUGACGGCGGGCAUGCUCAAGUCGCCCAACACGGCCAUCCUGAUCAAGGACGAGGCGCGCAACGUCUUCUACGAGCUGGAGGACGUGCGGGACAUCCAGGAUCGCAGCAUCAUCAAGAUCUACCGCAAGGAGCCCAUCUACGCCUCGUACCCCGCUGCCGCUCACCUGGCUAACGGAGACCUGAGGAGGGAGAUGGUGUACUCCUCUCGGGACUCCUCCCCGACCCGCCGUCUCAACACCCUCCCUUCCUCGACCUCCUCUGGUUCUCCGUCCCGCUCCCGCCUCUCCUACAGCGGCGGGCGUCCUCCGUCCUUCGCCGGCUCCCAUCCCCAGCACGAGCAGGGCCGGCACCCGCACCACCUCUCGGCGGGCCACGGCGCCAACGCGGGACUGUCGCCCUCGCCCAGCGCCAUCUUGGAGCGGCGCGACGUCAAGCCCGACGAGGAGGUCUCUGCGAAAAACAUGGCGUUAAUGAAGAACGAGGGCCUGUACGCGGAUCCCUACAGUUUGAUGCACGAGGGCCGCCUCAGCAUCGCCUCCACCCAGUCGCUAGCUGCCAUCGGAGAUCCCUUCAGCUUCCCCGUGUCUAGUGGCCUGUACCGGCGCGGCUCCGUGCGCUCCCUUAGCACCUACUCCGCUGCUGCUCUUCAGGGAGACCUGGAGGACUCUCUCUACAAACCGGGAAGCUCGAUCUACUCCGACACAUACUCCUCAGCCACGCUGGGGAUGGGUUUCCGCAUGGCGCCGUCCUCCCCACAGAAAAUCCCUGACAUGCAGCUGAGGGACAGGGACUCGUAUUCCAGCUCGCCCAGAGCCUCGCCUGUCAGACAGACCUUCCGUAAGGACUCCGCCUCCUCGUCGGUGUUUGUGGAGAGCCCAAAGUCAAGGCCCAGCUCUGGUUCAGACCCUCUGUGUCUGACAGCUGGGCCUGGGGAGGGUGGCAGGGCCUCAGCCGGCUUCGGUCCUUCAUUGUCUGGGCAAGACUCUGACAGUAGCAGGGAUCAUCGUCUGGAGCGCAUGGAGGCAAUGGAGAAGCAGAUCGCCAGCCUGACUGGCCUGGUCCAGAGUGUGCUGACCAGGGCGCCGGACAGCGACAGCACAUGUGGCCUGCUGCGUCUCUGCAUGAUGGCGGGCUGCCCUCCGGACCAAGGGACGGAGUUCUCACGGCCAUUACCUUUCUCUUCCAGCGAGAAGACCGAAACCAACAGCGAUGGCUCUGCCACCGGAACUGGACGUCGGAAGCACAAAGCUCACACGCCGUCGGCGCCUCUCGCUCUGAUGCCGCCGCCGCCGUCCAACACGGCCCAUUGGAGCGGCGCUGGGCGUCUGCAGAUGCAGCUCCACCUGAACGGCCUGCAGCAAAGCGCCACAGACCUACGCAAACAACUCAACCAGCUGCGCAAGAUACAGCUGGACAACCAGGACUCAGUGAAGACCCUGCUGAAGCGAACGGAAGCCGAGCUGAACGUGCGCGUGGCCGAUGCCCUGAGGAAGCAGGAGGAUCCUUUACAGAGACAGCGCCUCCUGGUGGAGGAGGAGAGGCUCAAGUACCUGAACGAGGAGGAGCUCAUCAUCCAGCAGCUCCACGACCUGGAGAAGUCAGUGGAGGAGAUCCAGAAGGAGUCGUCUGUCAACCACAAGCUGGUGACUGCGCAGGAGCUGGAGGAGAAGACCACUGUGCUGAGGAAGCUGGGGGAAACGCUCACGGAGCUAAAAAACCAGUUUCCGGGCCUGCAGAGCAAGAUGCGGGUGGUGCUGAGGGUGGAGGUGGAGGCUGUCAAAUUCCUGAAAGAGGAGCCGCACCGACUCGACGCCCUGUUGAAACGCUGCAAGACUAUAACGGACACGCUCACCGCCAUGCGCAAACAAGCCAACGAGGGGGUGUGGAAGAAGCAGGAGGACUUCUCCGCUCCCCCGUCCAAGCACAACGACGACCUGCGGAAGUUUCCCGACUUCGAGAUCCCCACCAGCCCGCCCAUCACCCUCAACGACCUCGGCGGGGGCAACAGCCUGUCCAACUGGAGCCCCCACGCCAGCCUCAGCCGCGCCCACGGCAACGUGUCCGGCGCCCACAAGGACAAUCACCCUCCGGUGCCGCACAAGGGCAAAGCGCUGGAGGAGCUGGAGCGGCGCGCCGCUGCCGACAAGGCUCUGUCCGUGGAAGUCCGACUGGCAGCGGAGCGGGACUGGGAGGAGAAGCGGGCCAGUCUCACGCAGUACAGUGCCCAGGACAUCAACCGGCUGCUGGAGGAGACCCAGGCCGAGCUCAUGAAGGCCAUCCCCGACCUGGACUUCGCCGCCAAGCAGAUCAAGCCGUCCUGCGGCCCGCCGGCCUCCCAGAACCCGCAGGGCGGGGCGGGCACCCCGGAGCACCGGACCGGCAAGCCCCAGCACAAGCUGUCCGGGAAGGACGGCGGGUCCCGGCGCGGCUCUGAUGAGCUGAGCGUGCCACGGUAUCGCACAGAGAAACCCUCCAAAUCCCCCCCACCGCCGCCGCCUCGACGUAGCUUCCCGUCGUCUCCGGGCCUGACCACCCGCAGCGGAGAGCCCCUCAUCCCCGGAAAGAGUAUAAAGAAGUCUGAGUCUGAGGAGACUGAAGGUCAGAAGCCUCAUGUAAAAUUGAGGAGGACUGCGUCUGAAAACCCUCGCCCCGCUUCCACACCCCCCACGCUGGCUCCCGGAGACAAGGAGGAAAGAGAAGAGGAGAAAAUCGCUGCAGAACUGGAGGGAAGGCGCUUGUCUGUCCCUCACGUCGCGUCGCCAGCCUCGCCCGCUGGCGCCGAGCGCUGUGUCGGAGAUUUACCGCACGAAUCCGCAGGGGACGCUCCAUCACGGCACCGGCCUGGUCAUAACAUGCUCCGUCGGCCUCCGCUUUUAAAAGGGGGAGAUUUAUGUGGACGCUCCCCUCGACGAGAGCAGGGGCGUAAUUCUUUUCAACAUGGGGAAUUAAAAGAGGAGCUCGCUCUGCUGCUGACGGAGCUGGACGUGAGGGCGAUGUCUUCCCUCGAGGCCCAGAAGCUCAGCAGAACCGCAGGGGAUGCCUUACAGACUCUGACCAUCUGCCAGGACACUGAGGAAGUGCCUUAUAGCCAACUCAGUGUCCGGCCUAUUCUGGUGCUCUUUGAGAACAUUAAAACAGCCAGAGAGGCCUACAGGCUGCUUCAUUCCCUUGUGGCGGCCUCCAGACCAGGGCCCAAACCCAGAGGGAAGCCCUCCGCCCACGCCGGCCCGCAGAGCGCUCUGCUGGAGGCGCUGAGAGGCGGGACGGAGACGGGGGAGCGGGUUCUGAACCUCCGGCGGGACGCCGAGGCGACGCGGGAUGCAGGCGACGUCCGCUGCAGCGCCUAUAGGAGGCUGGACAGCUUGGAGGAGACCAUCCGCGAGCUGGAGAACACCUUGAUGGAGAUCAGCGGGCGCCCCGCGGCGGACAAGAUGGCCGCCAAGAAGCCGCCGGUCCCACCUAAGCCUGCGGCGGCAGCACCGAGCCAGGCGGGGAACAAACUUCUCCACUCGUCGGCUGCCUCCAAGCUGAAGCACCUGCAGCAGAACGCGACGGAUCACAGUAAAGGUGGCAAGAGGGAGGACUUCCUGAAGACGCAGGGCCAGCAGCAGCAGUGAGCAGCCUGCCUGUGUCCAGCCUCUCCAGCCUCCUGUUCACCUGACCACAGAGCUACGUGCAUCCAUCUCUGGACGUGUGUGUGUGUGUGUGUGUGUGUGUGUGUGUGUGUGUGUGUGUGUGUGUGUGUGUGUGUGUGUGUGUGUGUGUGUGUGUGUGUGUGUGUGUGUGUGUGUGUUACUUGAGGGCCCAUCACUUUUCAUGAUAUCCCACUGAUCCCCUGAAAACCUCACAUCUUUAUGCCACUGCCCCCCCCCCAAACGGACAUUUCCCCAAGCCCCCCCCUCCUGCAGCGGCGUUCGCCCAUGGCUUUGAGGACACGCCCCCAGGAGGGGGCAGCGCCCUCAUCCAGCCAAGCAGACGCCCUGCUGGGAAGGGGGUCCACAUCUUGCCCCCCCCCGGCUCCUGCAUCUGCAGCGAACCUCGUCACUGCCUCUGUCCAGCAGCCCUUCCUCCUCCUCCUCCUCCUCCUCCCAUUCCUAAGCGGAGCGGUCAAAGCCCCUCCCGUCCCGUCGCCAGCGGCUGCGGCGAGAGUGGCAGCGAGUCCGCGAACAAGGACUUCAACCGCGGCAGCUCCCGAUGAUGAAAGGAAGGAGGAUGACGGCGUAUUUUAAAGGAUGCUUUUCACUUUUCAUCAGACUCCGUUUAAUAUGCAGAGUCUUCACGUCGCCAUGUCAAGUAGUAGCGCACUGUAAAGUCACAGUCUGACUGUUUUCCUCUGGUCUGGUUCCAUAGUUCUCCCACACAGUAACAGAGCCAGAGACCCAGAGGUAGAAGAUUGGCCCCGGUCUCAUAUUCAGCCUCACUUGAUGGGAUGGUGGAGUAGAUGUCAUAUCUAGACUAAUGUGACUUUAAAUAUAGAAAAUAGAGGUGCAAUAACCGCUGAACUCACAGAACGUGAGCCUGUUCAGAAAACGUACAGUAGAUCACAGUGAUGAUUGUGUCGCAAAGUCGUUCCGUGUCAAAAGGGCAUCAAAUGUUUUUAAUCUCUGAACUGGUGCUAUAGUUUCCCUCUGUUUGUACACACUGUGUGAAGAUGUGGGUCACCUGUCUAAAAUACCUAUCUGCACCGAACCCCGACGGCACAUUCCCACAAUCCUGUCUCAGCAUAAGCAACGUAGGCACAGUUCAGCAAGCGGAAGGGGGAGAUGCAAAUGUAUUAAAUACAGAUGUUGAAUUUCUAUAAAUAUAUAUGUACAGACUAGUUAAUUAUGACAAUCAGGAUGUUUUCACAGUAGCUGUCUCUGGCAUUUCAGCACCUGACAUCACAAGCCAUCCCAAAGACUCAAGCACACGCAGUGAUGAGUAACACACCCAGUCUGUAAAGCCAAGCUGCUGGCAGAAACAAAGACUCUACUAGUGUUGUUUUGUGUGUGUGUGUGUGUGUGUGUGUGUCUGUGUGUGUGUGUAUGUUUGCGUGUGUGUGUGUGUGUGUGAUGACUCCUUUUAAGUCCCAUCUGUUGCACCACUGAUAAAGAGCACUCUGGUAAAAAUAUGCCAUAUCGACCUGAGCGUAAUUUCCCCCUUCAGGACAUCUGAUCUACAGGCUGAUGGAUCAAACAGUUCCUUACAGGACACUUGUCUCUCUUGAGCUUCAAAGUGAAUCUCCUUUUUUUUUAAAAAAAAACAACAGCUUCCAAAGUUCGGAUCUAUUUAUCUUUCGCUGUAGUGAAAUUGAUCACACGUCGGCGCUGGCAUUGGGUCAAGUAGAGGAAGAUGUAGAAUAGUAAUGAGCACAUAUUUAGAGAGUUCAGAUAUGAACUGGCCCUUAAAGGGCCCGAGGGGAGAACAUGGACGAACAAAGCACAGUGGUUCCUUUCAGGCACAGGACAUUUGACGCUCACAAGCACAAACUCAAAAGCUAAAAGCAUCACUGCUGCUGUUUCUCGCAUUACCAAUAUUGCUGCAGGCUAAUUUGGGUUCAUUACAGUACAUGCAUGUUUGGCCAUUUACUGUAUGAAUGUUAGGGCUUCGUGUUGCCUCAAUGACUGUACUCGAACCUUCUUAUUUAAAGCACACCAAAGGCUCCAACUCCUUAAGUGUAAACCAUUAUGAAGCUCGCUGCCAUGUGUUGUCAUAGACGUUGCUGAUUUUUUUCUUUUUAAUUCCACCCAGAAAUCAAUUCUUUGUGGCAUUAAGAUUAAAAGCAUUGAGAGGCGUUUAGGUGGCGUACGUGUGUUUGAGCGCUACAUCGCCUGCCUUGUCUCUGUUGAGAGUACUGGCGAUAAAAGGCCCAAAGACCCCUUUACCUCUGCUGUCUUUGGCAAAGGGGCAUCAGGACUGAGCUUCAUCUGACGUGUAAUUAGCAUCCUCGCAGUUCUACCGAGCCAGUGCUCUUUGCCUUUGAGGACCUCUCGCCUCGUGUUUGUCUGCAAGGACCUGCAACCAUGUCUGUUCCCAGUGCCUCCAAGACUUUUCUUGCCAGAAAUCCCCAGUUGGUCUUGUAAAACAGCGCUGGAUCCGCAGCAGUGACAGAAUAAGACAUAUGCCCAAAGAAGAAGCCGCAGAAAUUGGCUUGUUCCCUUUUGUUGCACAGGAGGGGGUGAGGAAAAAAAAACCCCACAGCACUUGAAAUGCACAGUGUCAGGCGCUGCCGCGGUGGCAUUUGCCGUAACGUCCCCCUGCCCCCUCCCCCCUCCCCCCUCCAGCUCUGACAGCCCGCGAAACCGAAAGCUCGCGCGGCGCAGCGAAUCGCGAGCCCCGCCCCGCGCGCUCUGUAGCUCCGCCAGGCGGCUUCGAGCCCGGGGUUCCACAACCCGAGUGGAGCCGAAUGAAAGGAAGUCACUCACUCAUGCCCGUUCCACGCUCGAAUCCAUCACUCCCACGGUGAAACGCGCGAGCGUUAGCGAGGGAAGCGGUCACGCUCGGCUGCCUUCCUCGAGAUCCCCCCCCCCCUCCCCCCUCUGUGACGCGCGUGCCACUCCUCUCUGGAAGUGCUAGCGGGCUGCGAGGGCGCGUGACAGAGGCCCUCAGCCGCUGCCACCUGGCAAUCAGAAAAACAUGCAAACUUGAAAUCAAACCUAUAAAGAAAUAUACAUAUAUAAAUAUAUUUAAGUGAGAUGUUUGUGUAUGACAUUAUAAUUGUGAAGAAAAGUGUGAUAUAUAUAGGCCUAGAUUCAAUUAUAUACUGUAAAUGUCAUCCCUUCAGUUUUUAUAUAUUAGUGACCAUUUUGUACAGAUUUUUUGUUUUUUAAGUCAUUGAGAGAGAUACUACAUUUCACACUGAGAUUAUUUAUUCAUACGCAGAACAUUUUUAUAUUUGUUUAAAACUAUCUGUAUAGAUAACAGUUAGCCUCUGUAAUAUAUACUGGAGUUCAUUUUUAAAUUCUGGGAUUCUGAGUUUGGUUUGAUGAAUUUUGCUCGUCCGGCUCGUCAGCACCUCUGCCUCCUUAAGUAAAGGUUCACGUUGAGGUGGAGGAGGAAGCUGGACCAGUGCCUGUGCUUGGGGGCAUAUUUUGCUACUAUCCUUUUUGUUGCAAGGGUUUUUAUUUAGUGGACCCGUGACCCCUUCCUUGGUUUUACCCCAUCCUGUAUUUGUGUUUUCAGCUGGUACUAGUGACGUUGGAGACACACCUUGUAGUGACUACUGUGAAAGUUCAGUCGCCGGGUCCCGAGCGGCUUCGCGUAUAGAGUCCCGCCGCUUUGACAGACGUUAGAUGGCUUUAAUCUUCCUCCGCGUCACGUUUGCAUGGGAACAGGAACGAUAGCGACGCGGGCGCUUGAAGGAAUUACAUUCUGUUGCUUCUUCUGAGUCGGUUGUUGCACUGAGCGACUUUAAGUAGCAGCUAAGAAAAACCACAAGAGAUGUUAAAACCGCCAAGGUGGAAUUAAUGUGUGAAGUUGUAUGAAUCUAAAGGUUUACCUCUUCCUUUGCCACUGUAUCUUUUUUUUUUAAAUGAUGAACCUACAUUCUAUAGUAUAUAUGAGAUUUUUACAUGAAUGUGUGGAUGUUAAAAAUCCUGGCAUCAAAAGUAGAAAAGCAAAAUUGACUUGUACAUAGACAGUCAUUCCUAGCGAGUUCAACAAAUUGUUAUGUCCAAACGAUGUUUUAUUAAUAAGCUAUGACGAUGGGUUCAAAGGUAUAUACAAAACAAUGCAUGUAUAAUCUCAAGCUAUCGCACGGUGCAGUCGAAUAAAAAAAUUUACUUGUUUACGUGUUUUCUCAAAAAGAUGAGAAAGAUGGGAAGAGACGAAGCGAUUCUAUGUUACUGGUUUGCCGAGAGGAAGGAACGACUCAUUAUUUUGGUAUCUGUGACGCAAGGCAUGUUCAGUCUUACUGUGGUGUUAUGGUGAGAGAGAUGUGACAAUCUGGAAGGAUCCAGAGAACGCACCCAAACCAGAGAAGCCACCAGUGGCGGUGAAUUCUUUACCACUGAGUGAUUCUCCCAUUUGUAGAGUAGUGUGAUAUAAGAACAAAACAUUACUGGAAAUAGAGCUAUAAUAUAAUAGAAAUAUAAAUUUAAAAGCCUACUGAUACUGGAGAAACUAAUUUAUCGGUGUGGAUGCCAUGAUAUUCUGUGAGAAACGUGUGUGUUUUUCCUGUGAGAAGACAGCGGGCGGUUGAACCUGCCUUCUUUUGUACAUAACUUGCUGUGGUGUGUGUCCAAUAAAGUGCAGCUCUCUUGUACAGUC